AAUAAAAUGUUAUUUGUUUCAAUAAGUAUUAUUUUGCUGCUUAAUUUCGCUGACCAUCCGGUUAGUGGUCAGUUCGAUCCACACUUUGAUACGAAUCGCAGUAGUAUUGUGCAUUUAUUCGAGUGGAAAUGGGAUGAUAUAGCCAAAGAGUGUGAGCAAUUCUUAGCACCGAAAGGUUAUGGAGGAGUUCAGAUUUCACCUGUGACCGAAAACGCUAUCGUUGCUAAUCGACCUUGGUGGGAACGUUAUCAGCCAAUUUCGUAUUUGUUAGAAACGCGAUCAGGUUCGGAGCAAGCCUUUGCGGACAUGGUGAGACGAUGCAACGUUCUCGGUGUUCGGGUGUACGUUGACAUAGUUUUUAAUCAUAUGGCUGGCGGCGACGGCACCGUUGUGGGCACUGCGGGCUCUACAGCUCAACCGAACAAUAAAGAUUAUCCCGCUGUUCCUUAUUCAUAUUUCGAUUUUCAUCCAUCUUGCAGCAUUAACAAUUACAAUGACGCUCGAGAAGUACGCAACUGCGAGCUGGUUGGUCUAAAAGAUUUGGAUCAAAGCAAAGCUUGGGUGCAACAACGUAUAGUAGAUUUGAUGAAUAAAUUACUGGAUUUUGGUGUUGCUGGGUUUCGCGUCGACGCCGCUAAGCAUAUGUGGCCUUCGGAUUUGAAAACGAUUUUUCAGCGUUUAAAUAAUUUGAGUACAGCACAUGGCUUCCUUUCUAAUACACGGCCUUUUAUAUACCAAGAAGUCAUUGACAUGGGCGGAGAGGCAGUGUCAAAGUACGAAUACGUGAAUUUGGGUUUCGUUACUGAAUUUCGUUACUCAGCGUCAAUAAGCAGAGUUUUUCGGGGAAAAGAUGAUCUCCGUUGGCUGAUUAACUGGGGACCUGAAUGGGGCUUCAUGCCAUCUGAACGUUCGUUAGUGUUCGUUGACAAUCACGAUAAUCAACGUGGUCAUGGAGCUGGUGGUUCAGAUAUUCUUAAUUACAAAAACCCUAGGCAAUAUAAAAUGGCCAUGGCUUUUAUGCUUGCUCAUCCUUUUGGCAUAGUCCGCGUUAUGUCUUCAUUUGAUUUCAAUGAUCCCGAUCAAGGACCGCCUACAACAGAUGGCACACAUACACGCAGUCCUGUCAUCAAUUCAGACAAUUUAUGUAAUGGUGGUUGGAUUUGUGAGCAUCGUUGGCUCCCAAUUUAUAAUAUGGUAACUUUCCGUAAUGUAGUGGGACGACAGACGCCUAUAAGGAACUGGUGGGACAAUGGCAAAAAUCAAAUCACCUUUUGUCGUGGCAAUAAGGGUUUCAUAGCCUUUAACGGUGACUCCUAUAACUUGAACCGUACAGUUGCGACUUGUUUACCAUCCGGCACUUACUGCGAUAUAAUUUCAGGUUCGAAGGUAGACAACAAAUGCUCCGGUAAAUCCGUCAUAGUUCACGAUGAUGGUAAAGCCAAUAUUAAUUUAGGCGUUACAGAAAAGGAUGGUGUCUUGGCCAUACACUUAUUAUCAAAGCUAUAGAUUCUAAUUAAAUUUAAGUUCUAUCAAUAUUUUUAUGUCCAUCACUGAAGAAGGCGGAGGGUAUACUCAUUUUGUCAUAACGUUCCCAACGCCCAAAGGCAAGCUUCAGAGACCUUAUAAAGCAUGUAUAUAUUCUUGAUCAGUAUGAAAUUCUGAAUUGAUUAGGCCCUUUUUGUCCGUUUGUGCGUCUAUAUGGUGUGUGUUGCUGAGAUCUUCGUGGAGUGGUGGUGGGUAAGCCAAAUUCGGCCGUAGCCGAAUAGAACUUUCUUACUUGUCUUAUUUUCUCUUUGGUUGAAAAUAGAAUGAAUUUCAUAAUAUAAAAAUGAUUUAUUGAGUGUUUUGUGUAUGAAGAUUGAUUGAUUUAUUUAGAAGCAAAAUGCAGUUACAGAGACCAGCACAUGCAUUCGUAUUUACCCUGCAUUACCUGAGAAAUAAAGUAAACCGAACGAUCGACCGGUAUAUAACAUGGCGGAUUCAGGUGCAGUCUAAUCUGAGGAAUCAUUGAUCGUUCAAUUACCUUCGAUAAAGCAGGAAGAAUGCUAAAUGGGCGAUAAUCUUGAGGGAUAACUUUUUCCUGAAGCGACUUUUUCGUAAUUGGUGUCAUUAUCGCCAUUUGCCAACAGUCUAUAUAAUUCAAAACAAGGGUCAAAGGGAGACCGAUUUCUAGAAGAAUUAGUUUCAAAACCUCGGUGCUAAUAUUAUUAUGAGUAAUAUCGUUUGAUUUAAGGCAUUGUACAGAGUGCCACGCUUUCUCGCUUCCGAGACUUCUCCAUUCAAACACACCUCUAUGUCGAUCUAGUGCAUCCUGGUUGACAAAUAAUGUCCAUGAACCACAAUCGGAACUCAAAAAAUAUUCGUUCAGCUUUACAAGAUAAACUUCGCAUGCAAAUAUCCCGUAGAUUCUUUCAAAGACGUUUCGGAGGCUGAUUGGGAUCACACUUUUUGCAAUAAUAGCUUUGUGUUCGAUAGUACAUACUAUUCCUAUACUUCCGGAAGACUUCCCACCUAGGCUUACUGCGGUAGCACUGCCAUUUCUUAUAUGCCCUAUUACGGGGUUUAAUAGCUCUUCUGACUUCGGACGAAUACCAAGAUACGUUGAAGAGUACAGAUG